AUGAGUCACGAAUUUCGAGCACAGCUCACCGAGGAUAGUUUCCGGCAAGCCGCAGCACGGCGAGCACACUGGCUGCCCACGCUGUACGCCAAACCCUGGCAACCACAGCAGCAGCAGCAGCAGCAGCAGCAGCAGCAGUCGUGGACGAGCUGGGAACUCGCAGCGAAGGGCACCCUGAACGAGUCCUCGUUGCGGGUGACGACCCAGCUGCUACCGGUAGCUUUGGGAAGCGCUUCUGCGGGCGGCUCAGUAGACGCUUCGCUGGUGCUGGUGGUGCUGAUCGGUGACCUCGCAGGCCGCGUAUGGCUAGGACGCUGGCCUCUGCAUCUGCAGUCGUUGUCGGACACCUCUAGUCCGGCCGCGCCCGCAGCGGACGCUCCAGUGACCUUGUCGCUGCUCCGAGAGGGUGGUGCGGGGCGAGUCACGGCCCUGGUACGUGCACACCUGCCGUCAACUGCAGCUCCAGAGAGCACGGCAGCGACUGGACUCGGAAACGGCAAGUUCUUCAGUCUUGCCGGCUUUGCAGAUGGGACGGUCACGCUACUGGAAGCGCAUAUGCAACUGGGAGACGCAUUCCCGCAGGAAGCGCAUCCCAGACAACGAGUCUGGAAACCUGCUCCCCUGUUCGUCACAUCGUGCUCAUCGACUGCGACAGCAUUACCCGCUAUUACAGGCAUCUCGUUUCUACCAGCUCAUGUGCGCGUCCCUGCUUUCGUUGCCUGCGAUGCAGCAGCCUCGCUUGGACUCGCAGUCAUGGACGCAGCAGAGCCAUGCGGUUUCCGAAUCCUCGAGCAGGUGCAUGUAGCAGGUGCUGCAUCCGGGAGCGCUCUCGCGUCGCAGCCUCUGCUAUCGAGCGUCGACGUCCAUCCAGAUGGUGCGUUGGUUGCCCUCGCAGCAACCUGGAGCGGACCAGCUUUCUGGGACAUUCGAACUGCCAAAGUGUUCGGCCUGGACUCGGGCCCUCUCGCGUCACCGGCAUCGACAACGCUGGGGCAUCGGCAGGUACUCGUCCGCUGGCAUCCAAACGGCUGGCAUGUGGCCAGUGCUACUGCAUCGGGUAUCGUUGCGAUCUGGGAUGUGCGACAGUGUGGCUUUCAUGGGGCGACAAAAACAUCGAGUGGCUCGUUAGGCACCGGCCAGGGGUCGCCUCUGUACUGGAUACCAGCACACUCUGGGGCACUGAGCGGUCUGGCGUUCGGAAUGCUGCCCGGAAGUCACGAGAUGUCCUCCAGCGGUGAAUCACCUCGUGCGUUUCUGGUUUCUAGCGGCUUCGAUGGGUCCAUUCGAUUCUGGGACGCGCGUACCUACGCCCUGACUGCCGACUGGCCUAUUUCCCGUAAUGGACAACGACCAAGUCUCGGGGCAUGGACAGCAGCUCCGACUACUGCUGAGCCAAAUGACACCGUACGGGUUAUUGCUUCCGACGGUCGCAGCGUGCUGUGCGGUUUUCGCCCCGUCCACAGGUUAUACGCAUAG